UGAAACACUUGUCAAUUCAUGAAGCUGGCAGAGAAGUGGGUAUUGGGUGCGAUCAGAGUGCGUGACAACCCUUCUCAACGUUUCCACUAAACUCCCCCAUUUUCUGCCCUCAAAAUCCAUCAAAGAUUCUUCUCUGUGCGCUCUCCCUAGUCAUGAGCCUUUUCGGUCUCGGCAGGAACCAGAGGACAUUUCGUCCAAAGAAGAGUGCACCUUCUGGGAGUAAGGGUGCACAACUAAGGCAACACAUUGAUGCUACUUUGGGUAGUGGAAACCUGAGGGAAGCUGUGAGACUUCCUCCUGGGGAGGAUAUCAAUGAAUGGCUUGCUGUCAACACUGUGGAUUUCUUCAACCAGGUGAAUCUUCUCUAUGGCACCCUAACUGAGUUCUGUACACCAGAGAUUUGUCCAACUAUGACUGCGGGUCCCAAGUAUGAAUAUCGAUGGGCAGAUGGUGUGCAGAUCAAGAAGCCUAUUGAAGUCUCGGCUCCAAAAUAUGUCGAGUUCUUGAUGGAUUGGAUUGAAUCACAGUUAGAUGAUGAAUCCAUAUUUCCUCAAAGGCUUGGAGCACCAUUCCCAGCCAAUUUCAGGGAUGUUGUGAAAACAAUAUUUAAACGGUUGUUUCGUGUAUAUGCUCAUAUCUACCAUACACAUUUUCAGAAGAUUGUGAGUCUUAAAGAGGAAGCCCAUCUAAACACAUGUUUCAAGCAUUUUAUACUAUUUACAUGUGAGUUUUCAUUGAUUGACAAGAAGGAGCUAGCUCCACUUCAUGAGCUUAUAGAAUCCAUUGUUACUUAUUGAAAGAAGUUGGUGUUUUCAUUUCAUAUACUUACUUGACUUUGAUUUUAUUCGGGAGCUAAAUAAGUUGCUGUGGUUACAAAAGUUGUGCUAACUAAGAUUGUUGUUUACUGGCUUGUGUUGUAUGCUUUUAUUUUAUAAUGCAUAAGGUUCA